GGGCAUGCGCAGUGGGUGUCCCAUCGCCAACACCCAGCCGCCGAGAAUCGUGUCUCGGGGCUCCGGGGCCCGCGGGAGCCUGUGGUCGGAGCGGAAGGAGGUGGAGGAGGAGGAAGCCCAGGCGGUGGAGGUGACUGCUUAGGAAACUGUACAGUCCACCAGCAUCUGAUGAAAUUACUGACUAAGCAAAUCAACCAUGUCUUACACAUCAGGAACCAGUGGUGACCCCACUCAGCUGGCCCAGCGGAUCUCUUCCAACAUCCAGAAGAUCACACAAUGUUCUGUGGAAAUACAGAGGACACUGAAUCAACUUGGAACACCUCAAGAUACACCUGAAUUGAGGCAACAGCUGCAACAGAAGCAGCAGUAUACUAACCAACUUGCUAAAGAAACAGAUAAGUACAUUAAAGAGUUUGGAUCUCUGCCUACCACCCCCAGUGAGCAGCGUCAAAGGAAAAUACAGAAGGACCGCUUAGUGGCUGAGUUCACAACAUCACUGACCAACUUUCAGAAGGUCCAGAGGCAAGCUGCUGAGAAAGAGAAAGACUUUGUGGCCCGAGUGAGAGCCAGUUCCAGAGUAUCUGGUGGUUUUCCUGAGGAGAGCGCAAAAGACAAGAAUCUUGUAUCGUGGGAAAGCCAAACUCAAUCUCAAGUGCAAGUACAAGAUGACGAAAUUACAGAGGAUGACCUCCGCCUUAUCCAUGAGAGAGAGUCUUCUAUUAGGCAACUUGAAGCUGAUAUUAUGGAUAUUAAUGAAAUAUUUAAAGAUUUGGGAAUGAUGAUUCAUGAGCAAGGAGAUGUGAUAGAUAGCAUAGAAGCCAACGUCGAAAAUGCAGAGGUGCACGUUCAGCAAGCAAACCAGCAGCUGUCGAGGGCAUCAGAUUAUCAGCGCAAAUCCAGAAAAACCAUCUGCAUCAUCAUUUCUCUCCUUGUCAUCGGAAUUGUAAUUAUUGGUGUCAUAUGGGGAGUGAAAGGCUAAAAUUAUGAAGGAGCACGCUGUUGCAUUGAGUUAUCUAAAUUAUGUAGGAAAGUUCCUGAAAUCAUGGUUUUUUAUUAUUUUAAAGGUGUUGCAUAAAGGACGGCUCCCAUACUUUUUAUUUGGGGGAAAUUUUCCUUUGGAUCAAAUAUGUUAUUUCCUAAUACUGAAAGUUUUUCUAAAUAUCAGUGCUGGGCAUAACUUCCAUGAUUUUUGGUCUAAUAACUCUUAGUUUGUUUGCCCACAUUGUAUAUGUCCUUCAUGUAUAAUUUAUUUAUCAUGUUGACUUGAUUUUUGGAAUUAAUAAGUUUAAAGGUGUAUAUGUGUGUCCUGUGGGCAUCUGUCUCAGUGUAACAUGCACCCAGACUUGUGUUACUUCAAUUAAAAAUCUCAAAUUUAAUUUGAAUUAUGGCCAGCAGAGGAAAUAUUCUCAAAAACUUAAAACAAAUUAACCUGUUUCUGUUGGCUUUUUUUUUUUUUUUCUGGUUUACACCAGCACAAUUAUCUAUUCAACUUUUACUGUUGUCUUGUCUUAAGACCCUUGAUUACUCUGAAUAAAGUCAGUGAAAUGUUUCAAAUACCUGAUGUGUAUAUGUUAAGCAUUUGCUGUAGAUUGCCUAGUGAAAAGGAAGAAGGGUAGAUUGUUUUUACAUAGGCUCUGUUUAAACCUGACAUUUACUGGGGAAUGUGUAGUCACUUUAAAUGUUUGAUGUGAUGUGGAAGGAGAGUAGACAAAUCAAUACCUAUUGUGCUAGAAUUCUAAAGAUCCCAACCUGUAACUCUGCUGUGCAUUUCCACAGCUAUUAUAAUGAAAAUUAAUGAUUUUUUUCCUUACAUCCUGUAGAACAAUGGCCACAUUUGUAUCCUGAGGUCAAAAUUAUUGGGGAAGUAACUGUUCCACAAUUUCUGUUUUUUGGCACCCAACACUUAAAAUAUAGUGUUUACCCUGAGUACCAUUUUGUACCAUCAUCACUGGAGAGAAAAAAAAAUUGGUGUUUGCCAAUUAACUCACUUGCCUUUUUAAAGUCAAUACUGUUUUAAUGCACUAAUCUGAAUACUGUAAAGAGGAUUAUCUUAGUUUGUAUUUUAUAAUGUUCUUAUAUAGCAGUUUGAUAGCAAAGGCAGCGUUCUCUUUGGCAAGCUAUGAGCUUCAAGUGGGAACAAUAGACACACAGCUAAAUAGGUGUAUACUAGGUGAUGGGUGAUGCAGGGAGAACUCAUGCUUCCUACCUGCUCGGAAGUCAGUGCGAGCCCACCAGACUUGUUCUUUGUAAGUGCAGGAGAGCCUGCAGUUUCCUGUCACACCCAGCAUCUAUGGCUGUGGAAGUCCCGUUGGCGUCACAGAUCACUUCAGUUGUGUGGGGUUUUUUGUUUUGUUUUUGCCACAGUUGUACUUGAUAAAGAUUAUUAUCAUUGCCUUUAUUUAUUUUAUGGUAAGUUCCCAAGAACAGCAAAAGCACUUAAUUUUUUGGCAUGAUGUUAGCACCAUUAUUUAAAGUUUAAUAAUUUAUCAGUGAUUUUAACUGGAACACAAAUCAGUGACUAAAACUAGGAACUUCGGUGACUUGCGUUUUUUUUAAGAAUCAUUAAUUUUGAAGGGGGAAAUUUGCACAAAAUAUUUGGAAUAGAAAUAAAAGUCUUGAUUAGAAAAAAA